AUGAGCGACCCUAAACUGGGUGCGAGCGAAUCGGACGUGGAGCGGAGUGAAGCGACGGAGCCGCUCGGCGCGCAGCAGGCGGUGAUGAUUUUCGUGAAGCGGCCGGCGCCGGGGCGCGUGAAGACGCGCCUGGCGGCCGGCGUGGGGGCGGAGGCGGCGUGCGACUUCUACCGCGCGUGCUGCGAACAUGUCGUCACCAAUUUCGUGCGCUGCCCCGAGCUUGCUCACACCCCGUGCUCACACCCCAUGCUCACACCUUUCGCAACCAUCAUUCCCACAUGCUACACACGCCUGCCGCCCAUAUGCCAUAGUCAAUUCCAUGCGUGCAUCAAUCGCUCCCCUGCCACCAUCCAUGCAGGUGGUGGUGAUUGGAUUAGAUUGUACAUCCCAGAUAUGGAUGGCGCUAUUGUUGCUGCUGCUCUCCCUUUUCCCCAUUGCAUGCCGCUUGUCUCUCUGCCUGCCUUCCACACUCCAUCUAUGGCAUGGCAGGCUGUGGUGAUUGGAUCAGAUAUUCCUGAUGUGGAUGGUGCUACAGUUGCUGCUGCUCUCUCCGUUCUUAAGCGCCACCAGGUGAGAGGAGGACUGGAGGGGCAUAGAGUGGAGCACGGACAGGGUGCUGCAGCAGUCACUCUCUGCUCUCCACACCAACAUGCUGCCACCAUCUUUCAUGUCUGCCAUUUUCCCUCUCUCUCUCAUCCCCCGGCCCCAUCAGGGCAUAGAGUAGAGCACAGACAGGGUGUUACAGCAGUCGCUCUCUGCUCUCCACACCGACGCGAUGCUUGCCUCUCUCCAACCCUGUUCGCCACCCCUCCUGCUCUCAUCUCCUCUCUCUUUCCCGUCACCAUACCCCAUCAGGGCAUAGAGUGGAGCACGGACAGGGUGCUGCCACAGUCACUCUCAGCGCUCCACACCAAUGGGGUGACUGACGUGGCGCCCCUGGAUUCGCUGCCACGCCUGAGGGACAUCGACACUGUUCACGACCUGACAGCCUGGCUCGCAGAGAAACGUGCGGCAGCGGGCGGCGAAGGUGCCUUCAAGGCAGACACUACAGUGCUGAGUGGUAGUGGGGUUCGUGAGAAGACAGGGAAUGGGGAGAACGCAUUGAGGGUAGCGGAUGCAGGUAUCGUCGUCACGGAUGCGGUCUGUCCAGCGGAAGAGAAAGUCCACGUGGCGGCGUGA